AUGAUGUCAUCAUUGGGAAUAAAAGUGCCAUACUGUAUACACCCAUAUUAUACUCAAAACCCGAACUUUAAGUGCCAUGAUAUCGCACACUAUUCACACAAGGCAAAAGUUGCAGCUGUUCUAGAGCGCAAUUUGCAUGGAUUAAUGGCUGGUGAUCAAGCGAGAGAUGAAAGUUUUUCUUUACUACAAUUAUUAAAUCAACGCCAUCAAGAUAAAUAUAAGAAAGGUCGACAAGUCGACGACGAUCGUCAAUAUCAUCAACAUUUUAAGGAUAAUGUUCUAGAUGUCAAAAGUCCAACUGGUGAUCAAGACGAUUUACUAUUUUUCGUUAAACGUUGCAUGGUCGAUGAAGAGGUGAUUGUAACUGAGUCUCGCAAAGUUCAAGUUUAUCGGAGAACGACCAAAAAUUUACCCAGUUCUGAUUCAUUAAUUUUUGCUUUGGCUACUGUUAUUGACGAUAUGUAUAGUGCUGCAGAUGAAAUGGUGCUGUGGGAUGAAACCGUUUGUUUAAAUAUGAUCUUGCAAAAUUUUAAUUACAUCAUUACAAUGGCUGCAUCUAAUAACGAUAAUGCUACGGAUAUUAUCAAACGUUGGAGCCAUACAGUAUUUGCAUCUCCAAACAAGCGCAGAAUGGAUUCAAAAGGUGAUACUAGCGAAAAUAUUGACUAUCCUAAUAUAUACUUUUAUAUCGAUGAAUUUGAAGAGGUCUUUAAAGACUUUACUUUUGGUCAUAAUCAACACUUAGCUAUCGAACUUGUAGCCGUCAGUAAGGCGGAGCCAGCAGAAUGUCGUGUAAUUUUUCAGGGAUCAGUUCGGUUUCAAGUUGCAUGGGAACAUUUCGUUAAAAAACAAUCUGAGACUGGUGGUACUGGCAUGCUGUAUCGUAUGCUGGAACGGGUAAGGUAUGAUGGAAGAGACAGUUUUGUACGAUUUGCUGGCUUAAAUGGACCUGAUGGACGAGGACGUGGAGAAGUUGCUCUACGUCGAGCAUACGAAGACGGCAACACAGAAGUAGCAAAAGCUGACAUUGAUCCAGUAGGUCAUUCACCGAAUCAAAAUACGGACCAUAAUACUGCUAUAAAUUGGAAACGUAUUUCUCCAUCCAAAGAAAUUCAAAAACUUAAAAUGAAAGCUCAAAAUUUGCUUCGGAAUAUAAGGUCUUCUGGUUAUUUAUAG